AAGAGACGGGGAAGGAAAUGGCAAAGCAGUCUAGUGUGCUUGCCAUUAAAACCCCAAGUGAGGUCAGGACGAGUUAGACGUGACUGGAAAAUGACUUGGCAACAAUAAAAAGCUGCUAUUACUAAUCGGCUAAUUAAUGCUGCUUAUUACUAAUGGUCCCGUGUUCACUGUUUGCUCCCUGCCAGGCACCGUGUUUCCCAUAGAUUAUGGCUCUACAGAAUACUCAGAUUAUGGAAACUGGACUUUCAAUAACCGUGUAGAUGGGGAGACUCCAUAUACUCCAUAUACAGUUACCCAAAUCAUCUCCCUCCUGGUUUUUGCCAUAGUCUUCCUGGUGGGCGUACCGGGUAACGCUGUGGUGAUCUGGGUGACGGCGAUGGAGGCCCACAAGAUGGUGAACAGUGUCUGGUUCCUGAACCUGUCCCUGGCUGACCUGCUCUGUUGCUUGGUCCUUCCCCUGUUGGCCAUCCCCAUCAUUCGGCACGGGGACUGGCCGUUCUCCGAAGGCGCUUGCCGCUUCCUGCCCUCCGUCAUCCUCCUCAACAUGUACGCCAGCAUCCUGCUGCUCACGGCCAUUAGCAUUGAUCGGUGUAUGUUGGUCAUGAACCCCAUCUGGUGCCAGAACCACCGGAGCUUGUACGGGACCUGGUUUGCCUGCUUCUUGGCCUGGGUCCUGGCCUUGGUCCUGACCAUCCCUUCCAUAAAGUACCGGUCUCUGGAAGAGGAGUUCUUUCCUCACAGCUGGUCUUGCGGGGUGCUCUACAAGAGCAAGGCGGUGGAGGUCAGUGUGGCUGUCUCCCGCUUCCUUUUCAGCUUCCUGGGCCCUCUUAUCAUCAUCUCUCUGUGCUACAUCCUCCUGCUCACCCGCUUAUGGAGCCGCCACGCCACUCGCUCCCACAAGACCGUCAAGGUGGUGGUGGCCGUGAUCGUGGGCUUCUUCCUCUGCUGGACCCCCUAUCAGAUCGUGGGCCUCAUGCUGGCCUUGAACCGCAGAGGCACCAGACUCUACAGCUGGGCAGAGACCGUCGACAGCCUGAGCAUCUCUUUAGCUUACAUCAACAGCUGCAUGAACCCAGUCAUCUACGUGGUCGCGGGCCACGGCAUCAAGGGCCGCAUGAUAAGCCACUCCAUCUGCACCAAGCUCCGGAAUGCACUGAUCGAGGACUCGGUGGGGCGAGACAGCAGAUCCUUCACCCGCUCCACCAUGGGGUCUACAGCGGUCCCUGAGGAGAAGUCAAGCAGCUAUGCAGUCUGAGGCACAGAGGGGCCCGCUGCCUCCUCUCCAUGGAGGGAUGGUCAGGCUAACCCCACGGACUGCAUUUCUUCCCUAUCUACUAAACCACUGAUCUCCUCUAAUCUCCAGUUAGUUUAGGAGCUUCCUGAGGGCAGAAACCAGUUUUUGCCUUUCUUUCUAUUUAUCACAGUGCUUGGCACAUGGGAUUAAUAAAUGGGACUCCCAUCGCUCCCAGAGUUCUCCGUGGUUGCUUUGCCUGAAUGCCUUCAGCGCCCGAGGAGAUCCAUUUCAGAGAUUCUCUGGUGUCUUCUUUCCUUCAUUCUCCAGAAAAUUCUCCCGUUUUGCAUCCCGCUCUGCUCCCCUCACCCCCGACUAGGAGCUCUUGAACCUUUCCCACUUUAUUCAAUAAAUCUUUAAGAUUCUGAAUUGGUUGGAAUUAAAUGGGAGUACAUAUAGUAGACUCUGUCCAGCGUUCCAUCAGGAUGUCCAAGUAUGGUUAAGGAUGACUGCUUCCUGAACCAGGAGAACAUUGUAUAUAGUAACAGCAACAUUACGUGAUGAUCAACUACAAUAGACUUAGCUUUUCUCAGCCGUACCAUGAUCCAAGGAGAUUCCAAUACACCUGUGGUGGAAAAUGCCAUCAAAAUCCAGAAAGAGAACUAUGAAGUCUGAAUACAGACCGAAGCACUCACUAUGUUCACUU